ACUUGCAACAUGAGAGUGUGCGUUUGCACCAAAUACUUGAGGAGUAUGAGAGGAGGGACUUGCAAUGUGAGAAUGCAUGUUUACAACAAAGACUUGAUGAGUAUGAGAAGAGAGACCAUGUGGCAAAUGGCCAACAGUCUGAGGGUGUGGAGGAAAUCAGAGGAGCGAAAUUUUAG